AUGGCCCCCACUGCCAAACUCCAAAACCAAAAGCACAAACAUGAGCUGGACCUGGCUAAAGUGAAAAUAGCAUGUCAGGAAGACAUGAUCAAAGAGCUAACCAAGGAGAGAGAUUUCUUAAAAGAACAACUGUCUCUGGCAUCAAGAAACACCAACAUGAGAAAUGAUGAGCCACCCCCUGAGGCAUCUGUUGCAUCAGCUUCUGAUUUAUCAGGGUCCUCUGAGUCAAGUUACUCAUCCUCUACCAACCCCUCCUCAGACUCCUCAUUCUCCUCAAGUUCCUCAAGCUCCUCAACGUCAGAUGAUGGCAAGAAGAAGAAGAGGAAGAAGUCAAAGAAGAACAUAAAGAAGAAAAAGGGAAAGAAAGGAACGAGGGAGAAACGAAGCAAAACGAUCAGACGGAGCUGUGUUUCAAGGGCACGUGGUCCAGAUGAGGUAAUUGCACGUUACCGGAAAGUGUUGAAGGCCUACAAGAAGAAGAAUAGCAUCAUUGCUGCUUGCAAAAUGGUUGGAGUGGAUCGCAACACUGUUGCCUUGAAUGCACCAAUUGCAGAGCUUGCCAUUGCCGCCCCUGAAAAGUUUGCAGAGUUCAAAGAUGAGCAUACAAGAAAGCACAAGCUUGGUGAUUUUGCUGCAAAAUGUAUUGAUGCCAUCCGAGACAGUCCAGAUAUUGACAGUACAGUUCAGGCCCUUAAGAAAUCAGGGAAACUGUUGCCCGUUGGGAAGCGUAACUUUUGA